AUGGCUAAUUAUGGACCUGCAUAUGGAACGUUAGCCGUUAACCAAGCAAGGAUAGCAGCAAAACGCGAUACCGAACUUGACAACGAAGUACAAACAUGGAUCGAGUCAGUAAUCGGUGAGAAAUUUCCAAAUGGUUCUUAUGAAGAUGCACUUAGAAAUGGUGUCAUCUUAUGCAAAUUAAUGAAUAAACUUCAACCAAAUGCCAUUCCGAAAUACAGUAAAGAUGGUGUAGGAUUUCAAUCACGUGAAAAUAUAUCACUUUUUCAAAAUGCAGCUCGUGCAUAUGGUUUGGUUGAUUCAGUUCUAUUUCAAACGGUAGAUUUAUUUGAAAAGCGUAAUAUUCCUCAAGUAACUCAGUGUAUAUUGGCACUUGCUCGACAAGCACAACAUAAGAACUUUAAUGGACCAUUAAUCAAUCAUAAAGCACCUGAAUCUCAUCCACUCGAGAUUCCUGAAAAACAACUAUUCGCUAGAAAAAGUCUAACUGGUCUUCUCGAUGAAGGAUUAAAUAUGUUUGCUCAAAAUCAUAAUUUUACUCAAAAUCAUAAUCCUAAUAGGCGUUUUUCUCGAGAAAGUUGA